UUUCCUCAGAAAAAAAGCGUUGGAGUGUCGCUCACGCUUUGGGCUUUAACUGCCUUCAGCGACUCCGCCUUUAAACCCUCUCUCUUUCCGUGUAUUAUUCAUCAGACCCAUCACCGCCUUUUCCUUAGCUGCCGUUCCGUGCCGCCAAAGUCCGUCGUCGCGAAGCGUGGCUGCCCAAAGACCACCGAAUCAGAGAGCUUACUGCUGAGGUUUUGAGGAGCCAUGGGGAGUGUUUUGUCGUCCACUACAGAAAAUCCUGACCCGCCCUCGCCCAACUCAAUGAUUCCCACUGAUUCUCAUAAGGCUGGCUCACCACCAAACUCAUCAAAUCCCCACAUGGCCGAUUCAGAUUCUAAAACCCCAGACGACCAAAAUCGAAAACAUUCCUUAGACCCCCAAUUGGAUAACAAAACCCUAGAAGAAGAGAAGCGUGAGGAAGAUGAAGGGCAAUCAGAGAAUGUUAUGGAGGAAGAAGAGGAAGAGGAGGAGGGAGAGUGUGGCUUUUGCUUGUUCAUGAAAGGGGGAGGGUGCAAGGAGAGUUUCAUAGCUUGGGAAGAGUGCGUUAGGGAGUCUGAGAAGACAAAGGAGGAUGUUGUUGAAAAGUGCUUUGAGGUCACCGCAACAUUGAAGAAGUGUAUGCAGGCUCAUUCAGAUUACUAUCUGCCCAUUUUGAAGGCUGAGGAGGCAGCUGAGAAGGAGGUUGCCAAAGAAUUGGAGAAAGAAAAGGAUUCUGAGAGCUCGGAGAAAAAUGCUACUCUGGAAAAUACGGAUCAAAAGGGUGGAAGUUCUAGUGAAAAAGGAGACAAUUAGAGAGCGAGGUGCCUUUGUCAAUUGGAAAUAGUAUACAGGACAAUUGAGAUUGAUAUUUUCUGAAACUCCAAAUCUAACCACUAUGAUGGGCGGUGAUUGAGAUUUUUUGUAAGCGGCUUUAGUUGCUGAUAUAUCAUGUCUCUUACUUGACUUGGCUCUAAUCUGACCACGUUCUUGUUGAUCAUGUUGUUUGUCUAAUCGAAAAAUAAGUGUUGAUUUGCUCGUGUUGUCAUACGAGUUGAAAA